CAGGUGCUGUGAGCUGCCUACCCCUUCUCUAUCCUCUGCUGGGACAUGGACAGAGUGACCCUGGGCCUCCUCCUGGUGCUGGCAGGUCUACCAGCCCUGGAAGCUAAUGACGUGGUUGAUAAAAACAGUCCCCUCUACUACGACUGGGAGACCCUGCAGCUGAGCGGGACCAUCUGUGCAGCGAUCCUGUGCGUCGCCGGAAUCGGCUUCCUCCUGAGCAAUAAAUGCAAAUGCAAACACAAGCAGAAGCCCAGCCCCCUAUCAGAGAAAGCUGUUCCACUCAUCACUCCAGGUGAGGCGAGACCUGCAGGCCAGCCUUGCUUCAAAGUAUGACGCGGGGAGGCUGUGCAGUGGCUGUCUCACACCUGACCCGUUCUCUCUGCAGGCUCUGCCAGUUCCUGCUGAGCACGUCGUGGUGCUCCCACUGCUGACACCCACGACUGCCUCCCCAGUUGGGGCAGGUCUUAGCUCCUGUGAUGGCCUUUCUCUGCAAGUGGGCCUGGGAGGUGGGUCGGUCGC